AUGACUCAAUUGCUACAAGAACAAAAAGAGGAGGAAAAUCUUAAAGACGUUGAGUGUUUCGUAUGUGCAAUAACAAGCCAUGGAAAUUCUAAAGGAAUUCUAGGAGUUGAUGAAGAAGCGACCACUGUCCUGGAUAUUAUCAAUAUGUUUGAUAGAGACAACUGUCAUGAAUUGUCAGACAAGCCAAAACUCUUUUUGUUUGAUAUGUGUCGAGGAGGAAAGCAAGAAGACGUUCCAAAACACGCGACAGAUGUGACGGACUCAACAGACGCAAUGUUUCCUCCAAUGAAAUCAGAUAUUUUUGUAGCCUAUUCAACUUCUCAUGAUUACAUGUCAUUUUGCCAUCCGAACUUUGGAUCCUGGUUCUGUCGAAGUUUUGUAAAAGUGGUCAGCGAAAACGCUUACAGAUAUAGCAUUUCAGACAUGAUGUUAAUGGUCAACAGAAUGGUUGGGACAUUUAACUCGAAAAAUGGGAGCCGGCAAUCUGCACAAUUCAACUGUUCUAUGCGAAAACAUUUCUUCUUCUCUCCACAAACAUCAGGUGAAGUGAAGAAAAAUGCCGUAGAUGAACAAAAGAUGUCUCAACCGAUACACGAGGUUACAAGUCAACAGAUGUCAUGAUCGGACUUUACGAAGGAAAGAAAAACUAUAACCGACACUACAGCAUGUUACCUUGCUUGCGUUUUGCCAUUGAAUAACUGAAAUAUCUUAAUAUCAAACAAUGACGCCUUUUCCUAAAUCUGAAAAACAGUAUAAUAAUUUCAAUGCAACGGUAUUACGUUGAGUUGAAACCAUGAUAACUUGUUUAGAUUUUCUAACAAAUGAAUUUUGAAAUAACUAUUAUUGUGUGCUGAAUAGUUUAACGAUUUUGUGAAUUCCAGCGCUGCCUCACAUAGGUAUUAAUUACCACCAAAGAGUGUAACCAUUAUUAUAUUGAUUCCGCGUAUACAUAUACAUACCGAUUAAUUUUAAUAAUAUUUAAGUAAUACAAGUGUCUAUGUGAACGUUUCUACUGAAUUGUUUUCUAUAAGAAAUAAAUCUAGGCUAACAAAUGAUGUUACCUGUUUAUAAUGUUAUUUAAUAUAUAACUGAAAGAAAUUAUGAAAUCAUAAACUCUUUUUAGAGUUUGUGUGUUUUUUCUUAUUCUUAUGAUAGCAGUGAAACAUAUGCUUUGAAUUUUUCAUUCGAUUUCCAAAACAUUGUUAUCCGACAUGUUUAAGUGUGCAUGACAAUUGCUUGGUAAUACAACUCUUACCGCUUUACUCAACACAAAUCGUUCAAUAGUACCAGGAGCUGUGGAAAGUCCGCAACUUUGACGGUUAUUAGAUGACUUCUUGAUAAUGUCAUUUUAUUGCGCAGAAUAUAUAUGUGUGUUGCUGUUUGCUAGUUAGUGCUGUCAUUUUUGAUCUUGGAAUACCUAUUGUCAUACCAAUCGGUAAUUAUGAAAGAAAAGUUUUAAAAACUUGUGUUC